GCCAACAGGAACCCACAAACCAAGAAUGGCCAACAUUCACCCCUAGGGGGCGCUACAGGCCACGCCAAAAUUCCCAUUUUCUGGUCAAAAAUUUUCUAAUUUGGUACAUUGAUAGUACAGGCCAACAGGAACCCACAAACCAAGAAUGGACCACAUUCGCCAAUAGGGGGCGCUACAGGAAAUGCAAAAAUUCUCAUUUUCUGGUCAAAAAUUUUCUAAUUUGGUACAUUGAUACUACAGGCCAACAGGAACCCACAAACCAAGAAUGGCCCACAUUCACCCUUUAGGGGGCGCUACAGACCACGCCCAAAAGUCUCAUUUUCUGUUCAAAAAUGUUCUAAAUUGCUACUUUGAUACUACAGGCCAACAGGAACCCACAAAUCAAGAAUGGCCCACAUUCACCCUUAGGGGGUGCUACAGACUACGCCCAAAUGUCCAAUUUUCAAACUGAUGGCAUUUUCAUCCAAUUUGUCAAAUUUGUCUGAAACUUAAUGUACAUUCCUCAUUUCAGAUACCAUUUCCACGCCAUUUAACCAAUUCUUCUGAAACUUGGUGUACAUGCCUCAUUUCUCAUUGGGACCAAAAAAGCCUCAAGGAUCCAUAAGAGUGUGGAAUGUCGGACACUUCUUGCACUUGGCGCACGUGGCUUACCGUACAUGGGGAGUUACCGGCAGAGAUGGUGAUCUGGAAAAACAAUUGAGAAUAUGGCAACUAGCGAAACUUCGGUGAAGAUAUCACCUUACAAAAUCCACUCAGAAUGCCUGGAUCACUCCCUACAAGUUGCGAAGCCACAUGGCCUAAAGAUGUGGGAAUCAUUGCGAUGGAGGUGUACGUGCCCUCUCAGUAUGUGGACCAAUCAGAGCUGGAGGAGUUUGAUGGAGUGGGAGCUGGUAAAUACACCAUUGGGCUGGGGCAGGCACGGAUGGGCUUCUGCUCGGAUCGCGAGGACAUUAACUCUCUGUGCCUGACAGUCGUGGAGAGGUUAAUGGAGAGAAGCAGCCUGUCGUACGACAGCGUUGGGAGACUGGAGGUGGGAACCGAGACCAUCAUUGAUAAGUCAAAGUCCGUAAAGACUGUCCUGAUGCAGCUGUUUGAGGAGUCGGGCAACACUGACGUGGAGGGAGUGGACACCACUAACGCAUGCUACGGAGGAACAGCAGCUCUCUUCAAUGCUGUUAACUGGGUGGAGUCCAGCUCUUGGGACGGUCGCUAUGCCCUGGUAGUUACUGGUGAUAUUGCUGUGUAUGCCACUGGCAGCGCCAGGCCAACAGGAGGGGCUGGAGCUGUGGCCAUGUUAGUCGGACCGAACGCCCCUUUGGCUUUUGACAGAGGGCUUCGUGGGACACAUAUGCAGCAUGCAUAUGAUUUUUAUAAGCCAGAUAUGGUGUCGGAGUAUCCAGUGGUGGACGGCAAGCUCUCUAUCCAGUGUUAUCUCAGUGCAUUAGAUCGAUGCUACUCUGUCUACAGGAACAAGAUACAUGCCCAGUGGCAGAGAGAGAGUCUCGAAAGGCGUUUUAGUCUUGAAGACUUUGGCUUCAUGGUGUUCCACUCUCCUUACUGCAAACUAGUGCAGAAGUCUCUGGCUCGUCUAAUGCUCAACGAUUUCCUCUCUCAUCCCAGUCCAAACACGGAGAGCGGCCCCUUUAGCGGACUGGAAGCUUUCAGGGAUGUGAAGGUUGAGGACACUUAUUUCGACCGAAAUGUGGAGAAGGUCUUUAUGAAAGCCAGCUCAGAACUGUUUGAGCAGAAAACAAAAGCGUCUCUACUUGUAUCAAAUCAGAAUGGCAACAUGUACACACCAUCAGUGUACGGCUGUUUGGCAUCAGUGCUCGCACAACACACACCACAGCAGUUGGCAGGACAGAGAAUCGGUGUGUUUUCUUACGGCUCAGGCUUUGCUGCUACGCUGUACUCCAUCAGAGUCACACAAGACGCUACACCUGGCUCUGCAUUGGAUAAGCUGGUAUCCAGCCUGUGCGACCUACAGGCCAGAUUGGACUCCAGAACGAAAGUUUCACCCAAUGUAUUUGCUGAGAACAUGAAGCUCAGAGAAGAAACCCAUCAUUUAGCAAAUUACAUCCCUCAAGGCUUUGUUGAUGAGCUGUUCCCAGGAACGUGGUACCUCACUCGGGUGGAUGAAAAGCAUCGUAGGCAGUAUGCCAGACGCUCAAUGAAUGAUGACGGACCUCUGGAGGCAGGACUGGGCAAUUCCAGCAUUGCAACUGAGCAUAUUCCCAGCCCUCUGAAGAAGAUUCCCCGUAUCCCGACUACCACAGCUGCCCCUGAGUUGGUCGUCAUUAGUAAUGGGGAUCAUUAAGUUGACCUCUUUGAGAUUCACAUAAUGACAGGUCACAGGAUCUGUAAAGGAAACAAGCAAAAAAAGGGCCCCACAACUGUUGCUAAAGACAUAUUGUUGAAUGAUCUGAAACACAAAAGCUUUUUAAAUGUUCCAGGACUGGAUUUGUUUAAGGGAUAUUUAGGAAAUGAAGUGUUGGUACAUGGAAUGUUUGCUGCUCCGAUUUCUCUAUGCAGAUAUCCUAAUAUUGUUUAAUGGUUUCUAGUUCAAUAGUCUGCCUGUUGGAAUUUCACAAGCUCCAUGUUGUCUUUUGUUAGCAUUAAGCUAAUGCAAACUUUUUAAAGUAGAGGUUUUAGGAUCACCAAGAACAAGAGGGUUCGGGCAUCAUAACAUUGAUGCCUUAAAAUGACGUGUAUCCCCCCCCCCCCUGUUUUUAAUUGAUCUAAAAGCUGCUGUUUUCACGCUUCUCACAUCUGUAUUAUUAUGUCCCCACCAGCUGUCAGAAUACCUCUGUUUUUGCUAAAUCCUUCUAUUAUAAAACACCUUUUGUAGUCUUAUCAACAUGACCAUGUCAGGGAAGUGUGCCUGCAUUUCAUAUUAAUGAGCCAUAAACUUUAUAAGUUUAUAGGUUUUUUAAUUCUACAGGAAUGAUUGUUUAGUUGCUAAUAAACGGACUUGUAUAAGUGAAUGAUUGGCAUUUAUCUCCAGUGAAAUAAUGAUGAUUAGAAAGUAAUGAGUCAUUGAUUAUUGCUAAUGGAUAAUUACUUGAGUGUUGUUUUAGUGGAAAGACAUUAAAACUAUUAAAUAAUGAGUUGGUCAGUUGCACUGGUAACUUUUUUUUGAACAACAGACUCUUAGUGAUUAAAGGGAGGGAGACCACAAUCAGAUUGUCAUGUCAGUUGAAGGUAUUUCAGAAAAUUUGUUGAAAUGUUCAUCCACGUUUUCUUUGUUGUUGUGGCAUCAUAUAGUGUUGAUCAACAGUUAAUUGCCUUCCUGUCAAUUUCAAAUUUGAAGAACGACAGAAAAUAAAUUUGGUCAUACUACAGCCUCAUUCAUGUCAAAGGGCUUAAAGCAAGUGUUGAUUCAACAGCUGGUUGGUCAAAGCAUAUUCUCUAGAACCUCAAUCACAUCUAUGUCUAUGCUGACAUCUGAAAAACAAUAGAGCACUUCUGGUCCAACUGCAAAUCCAUCAACUUUAAGAAGCUUUUUUUAUAAGCAUGUACUAAACACAAAGGGUUUAUUCUGAAAGGUGUGUGUGUGUGUGUGUGUGUGUGUGUGUGUGUGUGUGUGUGUGUGUGUGUGUGUGUGUGUGUGUCUCAGUCUCAUGCAGGGCAGGUUGACUAUAAGGUUAUGGCAUGAAACGGCAAAUGUUUACAAGAAGAUUCCCUGAUAUCAGUUAAUAAUACCAAGUAUUGGUGAAGAAUGUACACUACUAACUUUAAAAUGAUUUAUAUUUGUUGAUUGAGGAAAAAAAAAGAUAUCCUAUCAGGUGUAAUUUGUUGAAAACAAGCUGUAUAGGCAAUACAUCACACCAUUGUAUGUGAGAAUCUAAUAAUAUAUGAACUGAGAAUUAAAUGUUAAUUUGCUAAAGCCAUGGUGUAACUCAGUAAUUCAGACCCCUUCAUAUUUGUUUUGUUGCAGAAUUAUGCAAAAAUACUUUGUUUUUUUCCACAUCAAUCUACAAUUCAUACACCAUAAUGACAAAGCAAAAAACAGAUUUCUUUUUUUCUUUUACUUAAGUCAAUGUGAUAUCAGUUUUUUCUUUUUAUUAAGUAUUCAGACCCUUAACUCAGUACUUAGUUGAAGCACAUUUGGCAGCGAGUAUAGCCUUAAGUCUUUUUGGGUAUGAUGCAACAAGCUUUGCACACCUGGAUUUGGGGAUUUUCUGACAUUCUCUGCAGAUCCUCUCAAGCUCUUAUCGGGUUGGAUGGGGACUGUUGAUGAACAGCCAUAUUCAGGUCUCUCCAGAGAUGUUCGAUUGGGUUCUGGAUCGGCCACUCAAGGACAUUUCACUCUUAAGUUGUAUUGACUGUGUGCUGAUUGGCCGUUGUUCUGUUGGAAGGUGAACCUUCGGCCCAGUCUGAGGUCAUGAGCACUCUGGACCAGGUUUUCAUUAAGGAUAUCUCUGUAUUUUGCUGCAUUCAGCAUUUCUUCAACCCUGACAAGUCCCCAAGUCCCAGCCACUGAAAAACAUCCCCAGAGCAUGAUGCUACCACCAGCAUUCUUCACCGUGAAGAUGGUAUUAUGCAGCACAAGUGAUGAGCAGUGCCUGAUUUCCUCCAGACAUGACAAUUGACAAUUGAGGCCAAACCAUUCAAUCUUUGUUUCAUCAGACCAGAGAAUCUUGUUUCUCACAGUCUGAGAGUCCUUUGGGUGCUGUUUUGCUUCCAUCUGGCCACUCUGCCAUAAAGCCAGUCAGACCAGUGGAGUGUUGCAGUGAUUUUUGUCUUUCUGCAAGUUUCUCCCAUCUCCACACAUGAUCUCUGGAGCUCAACCUGAGUGACCAUUGGGCUCUUGGUCACGUCUCUUAGCAAGGCCCUUCUCCCCCAAUUACUCAGUUUGACAGGGUGGCCAACUCUAGGAAGAGACCUGGUUGUUCAAAACUUCCAUUUAAGAAUUAUGGAGGCCACUGUUCUCUUGGGACCUUCAAUGCAGCCAAAAUUAUUUUGUAGCCUUCCCCAGAUCUGUGCCUCGGCACAAUCCUGUCUCUGAGCUCUGCAUGUUGUUCCUUUUGACCUCAUGAUUUGUGCUCUGAUAUGCGUAAACAAGUGUGUGUGCCUUUCCAUAUUAUGUCCAAUCAAUUGAAUUUGCCACAGGUGGACUCCAAUCAAAGUUUAGAAACAUCUCAAAGAUGAUCCAUAAAAAUAGGAUGCACCUGAGCUAAAUUUCAAGUGUCAUAGCAAAGGGUCUGAAUACUUAUGUAAAUGUGAUCGUUCAGUUUUUUCUUUUUAAUACAUUUACAAGGUAAUACAAAAAUCAGUGUUUUGCUUCAUCAUAAUGGGGUAUUGAGUUAGUAUAGAUUAUCAAGAUGGCGCCACGGAUGGUCGCCUCUGUGUGGAGCGCUCCUAUUAUAUUGUUGCUUUUUCCAAUCAGUUUUACAAGGGACAAACUGCUGAAAUUUCAGCAGCAUGUACCAGACAAUCUUUUGACUAUUCGUAUGCUUUGCUGGACAUUUUAGUUGGAGGCGCAGGCAAGGGAGAAGAGCAGACACUCUAGUCAAACUCCAUUGGCACGGCUUUCAAUCAGCCCUGCCAAGUAUUCAUCUAGCGAAUCUCCUCUCUCUUCCUAACAAAACGGGCAAACUACAUCAUCUUACCUGUACAAACAAAGACUUUUCAAAAACUGCUGACUUGUGCUUCACAGAAACCUAGCUGAGUGAAGCCAUUACAUUGUUGGCCCACCUGAAGCACAUCACUGGACCUUUUCUAGAUACCCUUCAAUUUGCUUUGAGCAAACAGGUCUGUGGAUGAUGCAGUCAACAUGGGAUUGCAUCAUAUCCUGAACAUCUGGACAGACCAGGGACAUAUGCAAGGAUCCUUUUUGUGGUCUUCAGUUCAGCUUUCAACACCAUCAUCCCAGCUAUCCUCCGGACUAAAUUACACGAACUCUCUGUUCCCACGUCUAUCUGUCAGUACACUACCAGCUUUCUGACGGACAGGCAGCAGCUUUUGAGAAUGGGGAAAUUCACUUCCAGCACCUUUACAAUCAGCACUGGUGCCCCCCAGGGAUGUGUGCUCUCCCCACCACUCUUCUCCCUGUACACAAAUGACUGCAUUGCCAAGGACCCCUCUGUCAAACUCCGGAAGUUUGCAGAUGACACCACUGUCAUUGGCCUCAUCCAAGAUGACGAUUAGUCUGCAUACAGAAGGGAGAUUGAACAGCUGGCUGUCUGGUGCAGUCAAAACAACCUGGAGCUGAACACGCUCAAAAUGGUUUGAUUUGAUUGUGGACUUCAGGAGGAAAACCCCAACACUGACCCCCCUCACCAUUCUAAACAGCACUGUGGCAGCAGUGGAGUCAUUCAGGUUCCUGGUUCCACAUUGUGAAAAAGGCCCAGCAGAGGUUGAACUUCCUUCACCAGUUGAGGAAGUUCAAACUGCGACAGUUGCUGCUGAUACAGUUCUACUCUGCAGUCAUUGAGUUUGUCCUCUGCACUUCAAUAACUGUCUGGUUUGGUUCAGCUACAAAAUCGGACAUCAGAAGACUAGAAAGGACAGUUUGGACUGCUGAGAAGAUUAUUCGUUACCCCCCUACCCUCCAUUCAAGAACUGUAUACUUCCAGAGUGAGGAAAAAGGCUGGAAAAAUCACUCUGCACCCCACUGAACCAGCCCACUACUUUUUGAACUGUUGCCUUCAGGCCGAUGCUUCAGAGCUCUGAGCACCAGAACCGUCAGUCACAGGAACCGUUUGUUUCCUCAAACUGUGCAAUUCACAGUUGUCUUUUUAUAUUUAUCCAACACAUACUACCUCUUCUGCCAUUACAUUCCCUAGCACUGUAUAUAACAGAAUUUCAUUUAUAUUUGCACUACGUUUGUAUUUUAAUAGUGUGUGUGUGUGUGUGUGUGUGUGUGUGUGUGUGUGUGUGUGUGUGUGUGUGUGUGAGCGUGUAUUUAUCACUUUGUGGGGACCAAAUGUCCCCAUAAGGAUAGUAAAACCCGAAAGUUUUGACCUUGUGGGGACAUUUUGUCGGUCCCCAUGAGGAAAACAGCUUAUAAAUCAUACUAAAUGAUGUUUUUUGAAAAUGUAAAAAUGCAGAAAGUUUUCUGUGAGGGUUAGGUUUAGGGGUAGGGUUAGGUUUAGGGGAUAGAAUAUAAAGUUUGUACAGUAUAAAAACCAUUAUGUCUAUGGAAAGUCCCCAUAAAACAUGGAAACACAACUGUGUGUGUGUGUGUGUGUGUGUAAGCAUACCUGACAAUAAAGCUGAUUCUGAUUCUUCUUCUGAUUAUUCCCUUCCCCAAUCCCCCACCCUGACCCUCUACAAUAAUUCUUGUGGUCAAAGCUAUAAUAUACACACAAAACGAUAAAAAAAUUAUAAUCACACACAUUUAAUACUACACAACUCUCUCCGCUGCCCUUCCCCGAGAGCCUUACAAAAAUGCCAAAUAGCUGCCCCACUUACUAUUAAACAAAUCCAAUUUUCCUAGCCUUCUAUAUGACAUUCCUUUGAAUGCAGCUACCCUGCCCAUCUCUGUGUACCACUCUUGAAAUGAGGGUAUUCCAACUGACUUCCAUCCCCUAAGAAUGACCUGUCUGCCGAUUAUAACACUUGUUUUAGAAACAAGCUUUCCAGUAGCUGUUCAACUAAAAAAAGUGAAGCAUUCAAGCAGAAUAUAGAGUUAAAGUAACAAAAUGUACCGUCCUCCAUCAUGGACUCCAACAAUGCUGUGGUCCGGGUCCAGUACACUCUCCCUCCCAUUGCUCGCCGGUUUUAUGCCAUAGAUAGCGUCCAUUUGGUCAAACCACUUCCACUUUCUUCUGUUUGAACCACUCCGGCUGUUGUGGUCCUUGAUGGUUUUGUAGUGACUUUGUAUCAUGGCUGAUC